AUGCUCCUCUCCGGGCCGCCGGCGGCGCCCACCCCACCGCUGCUCCUCCCGGAGAGCAGCGGCGAGGACGGCGGCCACGAUUCCUCCUCCCGCGCGGCGGCAGCGGCGGGAUCGGCGCCGAAGAGGCGCGCGGAGACCUGGGUCCGUGAGGAGACCCUCUGCCUCAUCGCGCUGCGCCGGGAAAUGGACGCCCACUUCAACACCUCCAAGUCCAACAAGCACCUUUGGGAGGCCAUCUCCGCCCGGAUGCGGGACCAAGGGUUCGACCGCUCCCCGACCAUGUGCACCGACAAGUGGCGCAACCUUCUCAAGGAGUUCAAGAAGGCGCGCAGCCACUCUCGGAGCAGCGGUGGCGGCUCCGGCGCUGGAGGGAACGGCAACGCCAAGAUGGCGUACUACAAGGAGAUCGACGACCUGCUCAAGCGCCGCGGGAAGGCGACGGGAAGCGGCAGUGGCGGCUGCGUUGGCAGUGGUGCUGCCGGGAAGAGCCCCACAUCCAAUUCCAAGAUCGAGUCCUACCUGCAGUUCACCACAGAUAACGGCUUUGAGGAUGCUAACAUUCCCUUUGGUCCUGUGGAAGCAAAUGGUAGACCAAUACUGAGUAUCGAUGAUCGUUUGGAGGAUGACAGGCAUCCGCUUACCUUGACAGCUGCUGAUGCAGUUGCAACCAAUGGUGUGAACCCGUGGAAUUGGAGAGACACCUCUACUAAUGGUGGAGAUAAUCAUGGCAGUUUUGGUGGGAGAGUCAUUUUAGUGAAGUGGGGUGAUUACACUAAAAGGAUUGGAAUUGAUGGUACUCCUGAAGCAAUUAAGGAAGCCAUCAAAUCAGCAUUUGGAUUAAGAACAAGGCGUGCUUUCUGGCUUGAAGAUGAAGAUGAGGUUGUUCGAGCCUUGGACAGGGACAUGCCAGUUGGAACAUACACACUUAAUCUUGAUGAUGGGAUGACAAUCAAACUCUGUGAUGGAAACCGCAUGCAGACGCCAGAAGACAAGACAUUUUACACUGAAGAGGACUUUCGAGAUUUCCUCUCACGGCGUGGUUGGACAUUUCUCCGGGAGUAUGGAGGCUAUAGAAACGUCGAUAGCCUUGAUGAUCUCCGACCUGGUGUGAUGUAUCAGGGGCUGCGGUCGCCUGGUGAUUGA